AUGGCUAUUCAGUUUGGUAGGAUUCCGAUGGCAAAGAAGAAUAAGAAGAAGAGAAAGGUUAUGGAUCUUGUAACCUACAAACUAAAGUUUAGGUUUUUGGCAGCGAAGAAGAAGAAGAAGAGGAUUAAGUUUUUAGCUCGAAAAACUAAGAAACUAAGGCCAGAUAGGGUUAAGGAGAUGGGGAUUGUUGGAGUUCCAGAUGAUGUUAUACCCGACAUAUUAGUUCUCCUUCCGACAAAAUCCCUCAUGAGAUUGAAAUCCGUUUGCAAGCUAUGGAAAACCAUAAUAUCCGGUCCAAGAUUUGCCGAAUCACAUCACGAGCAGUCGAAAGCCAGGCCAGAAGCUAGUUGUAUGUGGUUGUACAUCAAAACAAAUUCUUCGACCUUACCACGAGCAAUCUUCCCAGUGGAUCCAGACGGAACUUUCUCAAAACGGCUUAAAACUUACAACUUCCGGGGUAGCAUCCCGUGCUCGGAUAUUGUCAAUGGGAUGGUUUGUGUGUGUGGAGAUAUAAACGACGGGUAUCAACUUCACUUACUUAACCUAACUUCAGGCGAAACCAUACCCUUGCCAAAACCUAGAUAUCGACUGAAUAGUUGGUGGAUUCAGAAUCGAUGGUCUUUUCAUAUCUUAUGUAUGGACAAUAAGUAUAAGGUUUUGUUCGUUGAAAUAAAUCCCGGAAGAUACGUUGGAAAUAUUGAGAUUUUAACCUUGGGAACAAGGAGAAUGGGUUGGAGGAAGGAUAAGUACUCAUCAUACCAGAAUGGUCCUAAGGCUGUGAAGUUUUUUGAUUUUCGGAAUGAAAAGUUUUUCCAGCUAAAACUUCCGGAAGGAGUGGAUGGAAGCUGGGAAUUGGCUCGGAUUGGGGAUGACGUCGGACUUGUGCGCCGGAAAAGCUAUAACCCUUGUGUGUUCAAGGUGUGGAGAUACGAAUCUAGGGUCAAAUGGUGGACAAAGUACGAGGUAAAUCUGGGGAAGCAGACAAUCUGCAACGUUAAAUUCAUUGGACAGACAAGGAAAAGUAGCGAGAUCUUACCCACUGGCCACAAAUCGCGGAAUGAUCCUGUCUUGCGGUAUAUUUUUUUUGAUUUUGAAACAGGAAAAUGCAGUAGGCCUUCUUUUGAAGUAACUUACCCAGGGACUACUCUGUGUUGUCAUGGUGUUAGUCCUGCUGUUAGUCAUCAUGUCGAAAACAUUCUUCCUUUGAGAUCUCUGAUCGAAAGCGAAAACUACCGAUGAAAAUGCUGGAAAUUCUAAAAGGAUGAAUGCAGUACAUGUCAUUCAUCCUAAAUUGUGGUAGUUAUUCAAGAGUAUGGCUCAUCUUAUAUAUAUUUGUUUGGUUGUUUAAUUUCCUCCCUUUAGGAACCAGAGUGUAGUCUCUUAUCUGUUUGAGUAGCUAGGUAGCAUUCAUCGUUUUUCAGAUUUCGGCAUAAAGAACUGUCAUGAUUCUGCAA